CUCAUCCGUCAACCAUCAUCCACUCAUACAUCAACCUUCAUGCAUUCCUCCAUCAACUAUCAUCCAUCAGCAAUCAUCGAUUCAUCCAUCAUUCGUCAUCCAUCAUCCAUUCCUCCAUCAACCAGCAUCCAUUUAUACAUCAACAAUCAUCCAGAAUCUCCAGCGCCGUCUAAUUCUCACUGUUCUCCUCCUCCUCCUCUUCCUUCAUCGCCAACUGGUACGUGGCCACCUGAGGCGCGUAGACAGAAUGCAAAUAAUGCAGUAAUUGCUGCUGCUGAUGCAUGCAUCAACUAG